AUGGUAUUCGCCCGGGGUGAUGUCUCCGGUCAUGAUGACCAGACAAUAAAUCAUCUAGAUCACAGCAAGAAUGUCACAAUUGUCGAAUGGGAGGGCGCCGAGGACCCUGGAAACCCAUACAAUUGGUCACUGCAACAGAAAUGGAUCCUGACAGCGUUGGCAGUCUUCACCACCUUCAUCACGAUGAUGAAUGGCACCAUCAUCACAGUAGCCCACGAGGCUAUCAAUGAGCAAUUCAACAUCUCCGAUGUCAACUUCCCUCAUUCCUACUGGCCCGUUACGUCUUGGGCGGUCGGCGGGGCUUGCUGCUCAUUACUCGUGCUUCCCUUGAUGGAAGACUUUGGCGUGCGAUGGGUCUUCCUGGGCACAUAUCUAAUCUUCGUUUGCUUUGUUGUGCCACAGGCAGUUGCCCAGAACUUUGCCACCCUGGUCGUGACAAGGUUCUUCGCCGGAGGGUGCGUGUCAAUCCUCGCCAAUACCUCUGCCACGGUGAUUGGGAACCUCUGGGAUACCGAGAGAUCUCGCAAUGUCCCCGUCAGUCUUUACAUCGUUACCUAUUUGGCGGGGAGCAGCAUUGGGCCUGUCAUCGGUGCGGCGAUUUACCAAGCCCUCUCGUGGCGGUGGAUUGGGUACAUGCAACUCAUUUGGUAUGGCGCCUUCUUUCCGAUGUAUUUUUUCUUGUUCAAGGAGUGUCGCGGAAUCGCCAUCCUGGGACAACGAGCAAAGGCUCUGCGCAAAGAGGGUAAGAACGCCUUCACCCAGCAUGAGAUAGACACACGGGAUCAGUCCAUGCUGCAAAUCAUGGGUCGCAGCGCUAGCAGACCCCUCUUCCUGUUCUUCACCGAGUCUGUGGUAUUCGUCUCAACGCUGUGGUCUGCGUUCACGGUGGGUACGCUCUAUCUCUUCACUCAAUCAGUGGAGCAAGUAUUCGCCGAGCUAUAUGGCUGGAAUCCAUCACAAGCCGGGUACGUCCAAUCAGCAAUUGUCAUCGGAGAAUGCCUGGGAUGGGUAGCCACCUUGUUCUCUGGGAAGCUAUACUUCGACUCGGCUUCUCUAAACACCGAAAUCCCUGGUACCCCUAUCCCGGAGGCUCGACUGUACCUUGCCAUCGUUGGUGGAGUCACUGGAAUAUCUGGCGGUAUGUUCACAUACGCCUGGACCUCGUAUCCAUAUUUUCCGUGGAUCGCACCGGCCAUCGGCCUCGCCAUGGUCGGGGCUGGGAGCGUGAUUGUGGUCACGGGAAUAUCGGAUUAUGUUGUGGAUGCGUAUGCAAAAUACGCCGGCAGUGCCAUCGGUAUCAUUGCCACCGGUGAGAAUACGCUGGCAGCAUUUUUGCCUCUAGCUACAAUGAGCAUGUACUCCCACCUGGGCCCUCGGUGGGCCAGUACUUUAUUAGCGUUGAUUGCGUUAGUUCUAUCUUUUGCGCCAAUCUUGGUGCUUAUCUGGGGCAAAGAUAUCCGAGCAAGAAGUCCAUUCAUGAAAGAGGCGAUGGUGGAAAAGAGAAGCAAAACUGUCGACUCCGUUUGA